UUUUCGAGGUCCUGGAUCAUCUUCACUAUCAUUAUUCUGAAUUCUUUUUCUGGAAGGUUGCCUAUCUCCACUUCAUUUAGUUGUUUUUCUGGGCUUUUAUCUUGUUCCUUCAUCUGGUACAAAGUCCUCUGCCUUUUCAUUUUGUCUAUCUUUCUGUGAAUGUAGUUUUCCUUCCACAGGCUACAGAAUUGUAGUUCUUCUUCUGCUGUGCAAAAGCUUUUAAGUUUGAUUAGGUCACCUUUGUUCAUUUUUCCUUUUAUUUCUAUUCCUUUGGGAGACUGACCUGAGAAAAUAUUGGUACAAUUUAUGUCAGAAUGUUUUGCCUAUGUUCUAUUCUAGGAGUUUUAUGGUGUUAUGUUUAAGUCUUUAAGCCAUUUUGAGUUUAUUUUUGUGUAUAGUGUAAGGGUGUGUUCUAACUUCAUUGAUUUACAUGCACCUGUCCAGCUUUCCCAACACUAGGGACAGUCUUCAAUGCUCAGUAUCUGGGGCCCUGGCACCCCAGGUCCGCAAGAGUUGAGUCCUAAGACAGCCAGGUUUCCGGGUAGUUCAGCCAGGAGGGGGCCUUGAGAGCCCAGGAUUUGGGUCUUCUGAUGGGACGUGGUAAAUCUCCAGAGGCUGGAGCUCAACAUUACAUGCUCGGUUGAACCACUUCCACUCAGCAGCACGUCCUGUCCCAUCUAAACCCCCACAGAGACCUCUGACCCUUAAACUGAGGCAGGUGUGCCCUGGAGAUACCCCUAGGCAGGUCCCAGAUUACCGACAGGGGACAGAAGAAGAGUGAGGCUCAUCUGCUCCUCCCCUGGGAACACCAGACCUGCUUCAGGGCUCAGUUUUCCCAUCUGAUAACAGGCCUGCAAAACAUUCCCUGGAAGAGCCUGGCCACCUCCGCAGGUCAGAGUGUUGCACCAUGGGUACAUGUAGACACAGGUAUGUGCAAGUGUGCACACAUACAGGCAGACACAUGCAUAAAUGUACAUGUACACAGGCAAGUGCACACACAUGCACAUAUACAUGCACUUAUACAUUCAUACGCACACACACACACAUUAACCCAGUUUAGCAUAAUAAAGUACACAUACAAACACAUCUGCACAUGAAGAGAAAUGCACAAAAGCACAUCCAUGCACAUGCACACACGGUACACAAACAGGCAAACAUAGACACACACAUGCAUUCACAAAGGCAUAAAAAUGCAUACAUAAACACACAAGUAUACAUAGACAAAUGUGUCAUGUCAUUGCCUUGCUUGGUGCCAGUAAAGUAUACAAGCACACACCCAGUACACGUAGCAGACCUGCACACCCACCCAAGUCCAUUGGAAUCAUGGAGGCAUGUAGAGGCCUUGACCAGGUCAGAUGCAGACCUUGGUACAGGGCAAAUGCAAUGUCCACCUUUCCCUCUUGACUCCCUGCUGAGCAUGGAGCCCUGGUUCAGAGUCACGAGCCCUUCUCAACUACGUCCUGCUGUGCGACCCUCUGAGCCUCCACUUCCUCAUCAGUAAAAUGAUGUGGGUACCCAUCCGCCAGGGCUGGUGUGAGCUAGGUAAGGAGCAAUGCUAAGCCCUGUGCUGGGCAGGGGUCAGGUGCUCCUUGCAUGCUUCUCCCUCUACUCUCUGCUGCCAGGCCUACCCCCCAAUGCCCCCACCCUGGAACUUGAGGCCCUCUCCUCCCCUUUCUGAGCCUGGAUCCUAUGGAACAUGUCUCCCUGCUCUGGAGCAGGGCUGGACUACCUCCAGGGUCUCUCCCAGAGGGUUUGGGGAGCAGCGUACAGGGGGUGCAGAGUCAGCAGUUGAGGGAUUGGGGCCAUGCCAGCCUGAUUAGGGCGGCUGGGGGCUGAGCUGGAUUCACCUGUCCUUGUCUCUGAUUGGCUCUUGGGUACCAACAACCCCCCAAAUCCUACUAAGCAGCCCCAACAGGGCCUUCACAGGUCUGUGGACAGCCAGUUGAUUGCCAGUUCUGAGGUCAGAAGGGUGUCUGGGGAGGCCAGAGGCUGGCCUGAGCCUGGCUCUGGGGAUCCCCUGCAUCCAGAAGAGCCAACUGACCACCCUGUUCCUUCACCUCCUGCCGGCACCAUGGGGGCUGGGGCCAGUGCUGAGGAGAAGCACUCAAGGGAGCUGGAAAAGAAGCUGAAAGAAGAUGCCGAGAAGGAUGCUCGAACCGUGAAACUGCUGCUUCUGGGUGCCGGUGAGUCCGGGAAGAGUACCAUUGUCAAGCAGAUGAAGAUCAUCCACCAGGAUGGGUACUCGCUGGAAGAGUGCCUCGAGUUCAUUGCCAUCAUAUAUGGCAACACGCUACAGUCCAUCUUGGCCAUCGUGCGCGCCAUGACCACGCUCAAUAUCCAGUAUGGAGACUCUGCGCGCCAGGACGAUGCCCGGAAGCUGAUGCACAUGGCGGACACCAUCGAGGAGGGCACGAUGCCUAAGGAGAUGUCAGACAUCAUCCAGCGGCUGUGGAAGGACUCGGGUAUCCAGGCCUGUUUCGAUCGCGCCUCGGAAUACCAGCUCAACGACUCUGCUGGCUACUACCUCUCGGACCUGGAGCGCCUGGUAACCCCGGGCUACGUGCCCACUGAACAGGACGUGCUGCGCUCGCGUGUCAAGACCACUGGUAUCAUUGAGACGCAGUUCUCCUUCAAGGACCUCAACUUCCGGAUGUUCGAUGUGGGCGGGCAGCGCUCAGAACGCAAGAAGUGGAUCCACUGCUUCGAGGGUGUGACCUGCAUCAUCUUCAUCGCGGCUCUCAGCGCCUACGACAUGGUGCUUGUGGAGGACGACGAAGUGAACCGCAUGCACGAGAGCCUGCACCUAUUCAACAGUAUCUGCAACCACCGCUACUUCGCCACCACGUCCAUCGUGCUCUUCCUCAACAAGAAGGACGUCUUCUCGGAGAAGAUAAAAAAGGCGCACCUCAGCAUCUGCUUUCCGGACUACAAUGGUGCCUGGACUCAUGCAUUCCUGAGACCCUGUAGCCCUUGCCGCCUUGUAGCCCCAAUCCGCAUGGCCCCUACGAGCCCCCCAGGACUCCUGGGCCCCAGCCUGUGGCCUCACCAGCCACAGAUUCAAAACCCUAAGCCCUGCUAACCUUGAGGGACUUACCCUCCCCCAUGGCUCCCAGGAUUCCCUGGUCUCCCAGAGUCCGGUGCCCCCAGCCACCCCAGCACUGCCCUUCACGGCCUGGCUGCACUGGCCUCCAGGACCCACCACAGCCAGCCCCAGCUAGGAGCAAGCAGUACUUGGGGCAGCUACAGCUCACGGUGACUCAGCAGUACCCCACUGACCAAUCUCCUGCUGCUCUCCUGCCCCAGGAGGCCCGUGAUUCACCUGGUGGGUCUGGGUUCAGCAAACAGCCCUCCCUCCCAGAGUUUCAUGAAGGGCAGGGGGGCAGGAAGGGAACCCUCCUCCAAGCAGGCCUGCUGCUUACCAUCAGCCCAUUCUAGCCUUACCACCUCCAUGUGACAAGUCUGACACCCAUCUGCCCAGUGGCCAGUGACUGCCCCACCCGGCAGCUUUAGGGGUCCAAAGUCCAAGCCAGCUCUGGCCUGUGAAACUCAUACAUAGACGAAUUAGUGAGUGGGGGCAAGCCUGGGAGCUCCUGGUGCCAGGAAGAGACUCAAGCUGGACCCUUCCCCACAUAUCCUAACCCCUUCCCCCACAGGCUCUGCCCCCUCCAUGCUUGGACACUGUAUUCAUGUCCUACUUACUUACACACCCACAGUACUCCAGGCCAGUCUGUUGAGGGAGGGUGCUGUUGACACCAGCUGUGGCCAAUGGCUGAACUGUCCUAAGGGGUGGCUGGGAGCAGAGUCCGGCUCCCAUCGAUCAGCCCCAGGCAGGGGAUUUGGGACAGGAAGGAGGCCCAGAUUGUGCCCAGAGGGGUCUGCCUCAGGUAGGAUCAUAAGCAAACCCAGGUGAUACUCUUGUCCCUGCCAGCAGCUUCUCUCAUCCUUCCCAUUCAGGGCCCAUUCCCUGGUGGGAAAAACUGAGAUCCAUGCCUGAACCAUCAGUGACAAAGGCAUCCAUGUCCCCACACCCCUGCUCCCUACUUCCUCAUCAAGCACCAAGUCCUCGCUGAUGCCCGUGGGCUGGGGCCUGUGCUGUAGUCGAGGGCAAGGAGCAUCCGUCCAACAAGGCCAGGGCAUAAUUUGCACUCCCUUCAGCUAGAUACACAGACUCAGCAAUAAAUCUUUGCAUCAGG